AUGGACCCCACCUCCAAUCUCCGUGAUGACCAGCACGCCCUAGCAGGAAGAGUCACCCGCCGCCGCUGGCGCCAAAGGUUCCUAGCCGGAGUAAGCGAACGCGUAGCAGCAGAAGACACACUCGUCUUCAUGACCCUAUUCGGCCGCGCAAUGUUCACAGAAGCAGUAAACAUCUUUCGAUCCCGUAACCUUAUCCGUCGAAACAUGGACGUUCUAUAUGGUGGAUGGUUAGUCGUUGGCUUAGUCCCUGUGGGCUUUUAUACUCAGUCACACGGGACUGGACAAAUAAUUGAGAUGCCAAAGGAUGGGAUUCCAUUUUCUUCUUUGCUUCGUGUUGAUCCUUCGCUUGAGGAGGCUGCGGAGGAUGUCUUUUCGUUUAUGGGUGAGGUGCGCGGGUUGGCGCCUGAGGUUGCGCAUGUUUCUUCGGAGGUUAUGUCUGUUUCUAGAGGGAGGGCUUGUGAUGUUUUGAAGGCUGAGCUUGGAGGGAAUGAGGAUCAUGAGCAUGAUGCUUCUUGUGCUAUUUGUAGGGAAGAGAUGGGGUGUGAGGAUGAGGUUGUGGUUUUGGAGUGUGGGCAUUGGUUUUGUGUGGAGUGUAUCACUGCGUGGUUUGGGACGAACAAUGAUACUUGUCCUAUGUGUCGGAGGAAGGUUGAGUUGAUUGAUCUUGCGGGGAAUUUGCCUUAUCUCGAGGAUGAUGUCUAUGAUGAUGCUAAUCAGAUAGUGAUCAGGCUAGAUCUGGGGGAAGUGCGAGAAGACUAA